UGCGCAAUCGCCUACAAACGUUCAUCCAUCCUGCAGUUCAUGCGUAACCUCGUUGCAGAUUGUUUUGAAAGAAGAAACUGACAAAGUGUGUCCUUCGUUAAAAGAGUAUAGAUAACGUGAAAUUAUUAAAUAUUACAUACACACAGACAUAAAUAUACAUUUUUAACGCGUAAUUAAAAGGAAAAAUAAAAAAUCUAACGAAAUCAUGAGUCUGGUAAGACAAAAUUUUCAUAAGGAAUGCGAGGAAGGAUUAAAUAAACAAAUCAACAUGGAAUUAUAUGCAAGUUAUGUCUAUUUGUCCAUGGCGUACUACUUCGACAGAAGCGACGUCGCAUUGCCGGGUCUCUAUAAAUACUUCAAAAAAUCUUCCGACGAUGAACGCGAACAUGCAAUGAAAUUUUUAACGUAUCAGAACAAAAGAGGCGGCGAUGUUGUUUUUACGGCUAUCGAAGCACCGGCGAAAAAUGAUUGGUUGUCUGCGAAGAAUGCCAUGACUGAAGCAUUGAAAUUGGAACAAAAAGUUAACGAGAGUCUAUUGGAAUUACACGCCAUUGCUGGGAAACAUUCCGAUGCAAAUUUUAUGGACUAUUUGGAGACAGAAUUUCUUCAAGAACAAGUGGAUUCGAUCAAGGAAAUUGCCGAUUACGUUACAAAUCUCGAAUUGGUAGGGGAUGGCCUUGGGAUUUACGUAUUCGACAAGGAAAUGAAAGAGUGAAAUGACAUUUUCUAGUUUUUCUUUCCCUACGAAAUAUAAUUUUCAAAUACAUCGCAUAAAUAAAUAAAU